AUGGGAAGAAACAGCUGGCAUAAGAAACCUUCGUUCACCAUCCUCAACAUUUUCAAAGCUAAGAAGGCUAAAGGAAAUGAAGAAGUUGAAUGGGAUGAUUAUGUAAAAGCUUACAAAGUUUUUUCAAGUGAUCAAGAUGGAGCUCGUUGGGUGGCUCAGCCUGGUAUCGAUAAACGAGCUGGUGCUUAUAUUGACAGUAUUACAGGCGGCUUAAUGCAUGUUCCUCCUUUGCUUCCCGUAAAAUGUGCAAAAUCAUAA